UUACUAGUGUUUUACAGCUUUCAGCUCUUUUUUGAGUCAUGCCUAAACGGGGUCCAGUUCAAACAAUAAUAUAACUUUUCAAAUGACUUGGUCUUUGGUCCUCAUAAACCCACCCUCGGUGGAAACCGCGUUCCUCUUCCUUCUUCGGCCUUUAUUUUGGAACCCUUUUAUAGCCUUGGAUUUGACCCAGAACCUCAUAUCAUCACAUACUCGUAUUUUCUAUUGCAGUUUCUUUCUUAUCCCACCACCAUGAUAUUAUCAAAACCAGCCGAUUAUUUCUAUGGCUUUCAUCUUUGAUAACUCCAACUUUCUCCUGCUCUUACUCAUAAGCUUAUCCUUCUUUUCUUGUAUUCCACUCGUCUAUUCACUCUCCACCCUCUCAAUUUCUGAGACUUCCAAUCAAACAUUAAUCUGUGCAAUAACUAAGCCCCCUAACCAGCCAGUUUUCCUCCUUAAUUGUACUGGUUUCCCUCAUGGAAUUCAAAUUCCCGUGAAUCCCAAUACAUCAUUUUCUGCGAUAGUAGCUGGGAACGGGUUUCUUUGUGCCUUGAGGUCACCAUCUUCCUCAUCCACCUCGAUCAUGGGUUGUUGGAGGUUCUCUACCAAUGGGACCAUGACAUACAAGCGCAUCUAUCGUGGCCCUGUACUCAAAGAACUUGAAGCUGGGAAUUCCCACAUUUGUGGCCUUGUAAAUGGGAACAAUAGCCUAGGAUGCUGGCAGUGGCCCGGAUUCAGAGCAAGCAUGAAUCGGAACUUUUCGAGUAUUACUGUUGGUGAGAAUUUUGUAUGUGGGAUAUCGGGAAUUGGAAAAAUUACUUGCUUCGGAAACAAUACUAAUCAAGUCGUUGGCAUGGAGCCCAGCGGGAACUAUAGUGUGGUUUCUGCUGGCUUUAGGCAUGCUUGUGCCAUCGCUUUGGAUGAUAGUAGCUUGUAUUGUUGGGGAGAGGGAGAUGUGGCACGUGACAAACCACAAGGGCAGUUCACAUCUCUUGCUUUGGGAGAGAACCGUAGCUGCGCUUUAAGGCUUAAUCAAACAAUCGUUUGCUGGGGCCAAAAUGAUUUCAGUCUGCCAAAGAGUUUGCGAGGGACCUAUUUCACCGCGAUUGAAGCAAAGCGCAGUAUUUUCUGUGGAGUCGUGACAUCUAAUUAUUCCUUGUUCUGCUGGGGCAAUGAUAUUCUUGACUCAAACUUCAUGGUUUUUGAGUAUGUCUUGCCUGGACCGUGUAGAAGUAAAUGUCCUUGCGGUCCAUUGCCGGGGUCAUCCGGAAUUUGUGGCCAACAAAUUAUCUGCCAGCCUUGUCCGAUGAAAACUCCCCCUUCACCGCUGCCAUCAUUGCCACCAUCGUCAUCACCGCAACCUCGAGAGGAAGCCGACAGCAAUACUGGCUGGGAUAACAAAAUGGUGGCCUUCCUAGUGGUGGGGUGUGUGGGAUCGUUGGCUCUGAUAAUAACUUGUUGUUUUCUUCUAUUCAUAUAUUGCAAAGGUAAAAGUUGCCGCGUCCAUGACUCAGGCCGCUUGGACGAGACAGGAAGCACAAUUGAAAGCGGUCCAGAGGCCGACGAUGAUGAUCAACCAGCACCAGAACCAAUUCUAGAGAAGAGGUUGAGCCACUUGAUUAGCUUGGGAAACGGCACAUGCCCAUUGGAGGAAUUCUCUUUGCAAGUGCUACUUAAAGCCACCGACAACUUCUCCGAAGACCACAAGAUUGGAACAGGUAGCUUUGGUUCCGUCUACCACGCCAUCCUAGAUGAUGGCCGAGAAGUGGCUAUCAAGCGCGCUGAGAUGUCAAUGUCUUCGCCCUACACCACAAAGCGCGAGGGAGACAAGGACAGCGCGUUCCUCAACGAGCUCGAGGCUUUGUCCCGCCUUCACCAUAAGAACCUUGUCCACCUAUAUGGGUUUUGUGAAGAUAGCAACGAGCGCGUAUUGGUGUACGAGCAUAUGCCCAAUGGCACUCUCUAUGACCAUCUCCACAGGCUCCAAAACUCCCCGUUACUCUCAUGGGCCGCACGCCUUAAGGUGGCACUGGACACAGCCAGGGGCAUCGAGUACCUACACGAGUACGCAGUUCCAUCAAUUAUACACCGCGACAUCAAGUCCUCUAACAUAUUGCUGGAUUCCAAGUGGACCGCCAAGGUAUCUGAUUUUGGACUGUCGUUGAUGGGCCCUGCCAACAAUGAGUCACACCUUUCACUUCAUGCAGCUGGCACAUUUGGCUACAUGGAUCCCGAAUAUUACAAACUUCAAAAAUUAAGUACCAAGAGUGAUGUCUACAGCUUUGGAGUGGUAUUGCUGGAAAUGUUGUCUGGGUACAAGGCAAUUCAAAAAAAUGAGAAUGGGUUGCCCCGAAAUGUUGUUGAUGUUGUGGUACCCUACAUUGAUCGAGAUGAAAUUCAUAGGAUUUUAGACCCAAAGAUGUCACCACCUACGCCAUUUGAAAUUGAGGCAGUGGCAUAUGUUGGAUAUCUAGCAGCAGAUUGUGUUCGAGAAGGUCGAGAUCGCCCCUCAAUGACUGAGACCGUAAAUUAUUUGGAAAGAGCCUUGGCCAUGUGUACAACGCACCCAGGACUCUCUCGAUCCACGACUCAAUCUUCAACGUAACAUUUUGCACAUGUGACAUGAAAUCGUCCAGUUUUGUAAAGCAACAAAUCUUCAAUUUUUUCCCUCCUCAGUUAAUUUGAUUGGGUUGGGGCUGAAAGUGUAUUAUGAUGUAACUACGACCAAAUGAUAGUUGAAUGUGCUUUUCAACCCA